GUGUCUUCUUCAAGGCUACAAAUUAAAUCAGUUUCUUUACAUUUAUCAAUACUCUCCCCAAAUGUUCUCAAGGUAGGUUGGAUUAUGAUGUCAGAUGUUCUUCAGAUUCUACUGAAUGUAUAUUCCAUAGAACCCUGCCUCCUGACACAAUAUCCUGUAUCUGCCAUAGAGCCCAAAGCUGGUUAUCACUAACAAUGAACAUAAUCAUUUGAUCAGAGAUAGGACAAUAACUAAACAACAUUAUUUAUGAAGUUAACCAGAUCUCAUUGGUGCCCACAGUCCCUACAUGCGGGAGGCUUGAGUGACAGGAGAAAUGUGAUUGGUCCUGUUUGUUCUGUAUAUAGUGAUGUAGUCUACCACACAGAACUCACCUCUCUGUUUUACACAAUAGGAUCAGGUCUGUACUAUUUACAACAUGAGACUCGGGAGGGUAAGGUGAAGAGGGAGGCAUCAGCUGGUGAGCUUGAGUUGAAGAUGGAAAAAGAAUUAAAAGAGAUAUUAAGACAGAAGAUGAUGAAACAACUAGAUGAUAUGACCCAGGAAGUGAGAGAGAAAGAGAGACUCCUGGAGGAGAAGAACCAGAUAAUGGGACAGAGGGAGAAACUAUUAGAAGAGAAAGAAAACCAACUGGAAGAGAAAGACAAGCAACUAAAGGAUAGAGACAUUCAACUAGAGGCACUGAGAAAGAACCUGCAGGACAAGAACAGCCAAGUAGAGAACUUCAGAGUCCUACUGCAGGAAAAAGACCUUCAACUAGAGGACAGCAACCACAGACUGGGAGAGAAGGACAGACUACUGGAAGUGAGAGAGAAACUACUGGAGGGAAAAGAAAAUGAACUAAAAGAGAGGAGGCAGGAAGUAGAAGAGAAAGAUAACCUACUAGAGGAGAGAGAGAAGCAGUUAAAGGAAAGAGACAAACAGCUGGAGGAUGUCAACAAUGAAAAUGCUGAACUGGCUCAACAGAUAUGUGAUGUGAAGACUGAGGUAGAGAGACUGAGAAGAGAGAUCUCAGGCCAGAUGACUGAACCUGGAGAGACGUCAGAUACAGGUUCCAUACUCCCAGUCAGGAGGAGACACAGCAUGGAGGAUCCUCCAGACAUGGGAGGAGAGACCUCAGAUACAGACCCCACACUUCCACUGAGGAGGACAAACAGCAUGGAGUUUAUUCCUCCAGAUAUGGGAGGAGAGAGCAGCAGUCCAGACUCCCCAGUGUCUCCCAGUGUGUCUGAGCUGAGACUGGUGCUGCUGGGGAGGACUGGGGCUGGGAGGAGUGCAGCAGGAAACACCAUCCUGGGCAGAGAGGAGUUUGGGGCCCAGGCCAGCCCCUCUGCAGUGACCCAGAGGAGUAAGAGGAGAGAGGGGGACGUGUGUGGGAGACGGCUGGUGCUGGUGGACACUCCCGACUGGUUCUGUCCUGGACUCUCUCUGGAGGAGAUGAGACAGGAUGUGGGGCUCUGUGUCCGUAUGUCUGCCCCGGGACCCCACGCCUUCCUCCUGGUCAUACCAGUGGAGCCCUCUAAGGGGGAGGAGAGAGGGGUGCUGGAGAGAAUAGAGGAGAUGUUUGGGGAGGGUUGUUGGGAACACACUGUGAUUCUUUUCACCCAUGAUGAUGGCCUGAAAGAGCAGAGCAUUGUGGAGUUUCUCCAAGCAGGAAGUCAGGACCUCCAGCAGCUUGUAGAGAAAAGUGGGAGCAGGUACCACGUCCUCAACAUUAAGGACAGGGCCCAUGUCUCUCAGGUAUCAGAGCUGCUGGAUCGGGUAGAGGAGAUGGUGGCAGGAAACAGAGAGAGAUUCUACAACAGUCAGACCUACCAGGAGGCAGAGACCCAGACAAAGAUGCAGAGGGAGUUCAGCAGACAGAUGGAGGAGAAGGAUAGACAUAUGAAGGAGAAGGAUAGAGAAAUGGAGGAGAAGGAUGGAGAGGUGGAGAGACUGAGACAGAACUUGAAAGAGGUCAGGGAAGCUCACUCAGUGUUGCAGAAGAGAAUGGAACGAGAGGGGAAAGGUUUCCUCUCCCCAUUCAUAUUAAAGGCAAAGCAAAUUCUUCAAGAAAUCUGCAAGCUAAAGUGUGGAUGGGACGAAGUCAUCCCCAAAGAACACUGUAUUUCAUGGAAGAAAUGGCUCUCAGAGCUGGACCAGCUGUCCAGAUUCCAGAUAGACAGGGGUAUGAUGCCUGAGAACUUUCGUCAAGUCAAGACCGCACAGCUGCAUCACUUAGUUGAUGCAAGUGAACAAGGCUAUGGCACGGCAAGUUAUCUUAGGUUCAAAACAGGUAUGGAAAAGGUCCACAUCCAAUUCAUACUGGGGAAAUCAAGAGUGACUCCACUUCAAGCAGAUGACGAUCCCCAGACUGGAACUUGA